CUUCCGGUUUGUGGAAAAAAAUGAGAAAGGUGAAAAUUCUGGAGAUAUGUGGAGGAAAUGGGUGAUAUUCGCUGAUAAACAGACAGUUCUGAAGAUUGAAGAUUGACAAAGAUGCUGAAGAGGAGAAAAACUAACUUGAACCUAUAUUUAUGGAAAUGGCAAAAGAAACAUACACAAUGUUAAAUAUUGUAGAAUAUUUUCUGAUAUAUAAGAAGUAGCUUUGGGCAGACCCCAUCGGCACUUGACAACAAUUUCAAUGUUUUCUGGUAGUUGCCUCCCCUGCUUUACUCUCCAUCUCCAGCGUCCACUCCGACAAAGAAAGAUGCUGGUCAAUCGGAAGACGAGUUUCAAAGACAGUCAGUUGGCUGAUUAUGGGCCAGAUGAAAACCUUAAUGACAACAUUGAUAUUGACUGGGUAAACAAGCCGUGGGUACGACGGUUGUUACGAGGUUGUGCCCUCAUUAGUAUAAUGUCUGUCAGUAUGAACACUCCCAAGACGUUUGCUUACUACAAAGAGUUGGAAUACCUGACCUUCGCCUUUGACCUUAUUGUUACCUUUCUGUUUACUGCCGAGAUGAUAGCCAAGAUGCAUAUAAGAGGAGUUUUAAAGGGUGAGGCCCCGUACCUGAAGGACAGAUGGUGUCAGUUUGAUGGUUUUAUGGUGUUUUGUCUCUGGGUGUCUGUGAUACUACAGGUGUUUGAGAUGACAGGUGUUGUUGGACAAUUUUGGUCAAUUCUCCGAUGUCCGCGUCCUCUAAUCCUGAUCCGUGUUUUCAGAGUUUUUCUCAAGUUUCAAUUGCCAAAGGCCAGAAUAAAUUCAAUAUUCAAACGAUCUGGGCAGCAGAUUUACAAUGUGACGAUCUUCUUCCUCUUCUUCAUGUCACUGUAUGGAAUCCUGGGUGUACAGUUCUUUGGAGAGCUGAAAUAUCACUGUGUUCUCAACACUUCAGAUCCCAAUAAUGUGUCCAUCAUGGACCUUGCGAUUCCGGACACAUACUGCUCUCCGAAAGCUGAAUUUGGCUACCAAUGCCCAGAUGACAUGACCUGUAUGGAACUUCAGUUGGAACGUGGUGAGAGGGGCUUCAACGGAUUUGACGAGUUUGCGACAAGUUUCUUCACUGUGUAUGAAGCAGGCUCUCAGGAGGGAUGGGUGUUUCUGUUGUAUCGGACCACAGACAGUCUACAGUCAUGGCUAGCCUUUGUCUACUUCAUCACACUUAUAUUCCUGAUGGCAUGGCUGGUCAAGAACAUUUUUAUAGCUGUGAUAAUCGAGUCAUUUGCUGAGAUCCGUGUACAGUUCCAGCAGAUGUGGGGUCCUAGAAAGAGCGCACCAGACUCGGAUUCCUCUCAGGUGAUUCAGACGGAGGGGAACACAUGGAAAAUGGUGAUGAUUGAUGAGAACAAGGCACAGGGAAUGGCUCCCCCGGUCUUCCAGAGAAUCAUGUGUUCCAAUGUGUUCCACACAUUCUUCCUCUUACUAGUCCUUGCCAGUGCUAUCACAGAAGCCAGCCUCUCCUUUGAUCACAAGACUCGUUUACCUGAAAACAAACUAGAUGGAUUCUAUUAUGCAGAGGUAGUGUUUACAGCCAUGUUUGUGUUCGAGGCCAUGUUUAAGAUCUGGUGUCUGAGUCUACAGGGAUACCUGCGGCGAUCACUCCACAAGUUUGAGUUACUGCUGGCCAUUGGUACAAUGCUACACAUCAUCCCCAGCCUUUACCGGUCACAGUUUACAUACUUCCAGGUGUUACGAGUUGUCCGUCUAAUAAAAGCGUCACCCAUGCUUGAGGACUUCUGUUUUAAGAUUUUUGGACCUGGUAAGAAGCUUGGAAGUCUCAUUCUGUUCACCAUGUGUCUUCUCAUCAUUGCCUCAAGUAUCAGUCUCCAGCUGUUCUGUUCUAUCAAAGAUUUCCGGAACUUUGAGACGUUUGUUCAGUCCCUUAUGUCCAUGUUUCAAAUCCUGACCCAGGAGGGCUGGAUUGAUGUACUCGAUGGAGUGUUGGCACACACUAGCAGUGGCUUUUUACAGCUGUUAAUAGCUUCUUAUAUCUGUCUGUAUCAUCUCUUUGUAUCGUUGAUCGUCAUCAGCUCCUUUGUAGCUGUCAUUCUAGACAAUCUGGAGUUAGACGAGGACAUCAAAAAACUCAAACAGCGAAAGGCGAGAGAACAGAGCGCUGAAAUUCAGGAGACCAUGCCACUCAGACUGAGGAUAUUUGCCAAGUUUCCGAAUCAUCCACAGAUGGUUCACCUGACAAAGUUGACAGGAGAUUUCAGCAUCUCUGACAUCCGUGAGAGCUUCAUGCGACAAUUCAUGGGUCAGGAGUUAAACUUGACUGUGGACAUACAGGAACACCAUGAGGAGACAACUCCAUUUACAAAAUCAACGCCACUGAAGCUGGUGAAGCAUUCGGUACAGGGAACAAAGAGUGGAGGGGUAGUGGAGAAGAAAAAUGGCAUCUCCAUGAUUGUUAGGGAUUCAGCCCAACAGAAGAUGCAGGUGUGUGGAUCUACCCAGCUAGUGGCGUCAGGGCCAAAAUCCCUUCUGUCACAGCAGUACCAGCUCCGCAUGGACAGGAGACUUUAUCCUAAAACGAGUAUGCGAGGUUCCCGACCAGGCAGUUUGAGAACAAACACCAAAAGUUCUGGAACAGUCAAAGAAAAUGGUGACUUACACUACGGUGUUGCUCACAUUGUAAAUAGACGUAACGAUGAAUUUGACAUCAAAGUGUGGCAACAGAAAAAACAACAAGCAGAAAUCAAAAGGAAUCAACAGGAAGAGGACCUUCGAGAGAACCAUCCAUUUUUUGACACACCUCUGUUUACUGUUGGGAGAGAGACUAAGUUCAGAAAAAUCUGUCAGGUGAUAGUUAAUGCCAAGUACAACUACAUGUUGAGGGACCCUGUCACUGGCAAAGAAAUCAACAGCAAGUACAAACGUAUACAUAAGUUGCUGGGGCUCGUGACCUAUCUUGACUGGGUUAUGAUCAUGGUCACCAUAAUGUCCUGUAUCUCCAUGAUGUUUGAGACACCAUUCUUCCGACUGAUGGACCAUCUCAGCCUCAAGGUAACAGAGUAUUUCUUUGUGAUCUGUAUGAGUCUGGAGAUGGGCCUUAAGGUUCUGGCCAAUGGGUUCUUCUUCACACCAAAGGCUGUGAUUAAAGAUUUUGGUGGAAUUCUCGACCUUUUUAUUUACUCUGUGAGCGUAAUCUUUGUCUGCUGGAUGCCACAGGAAGUGCCUCCAAUCUCGUUAGCACAGGUGUUUAUGAUUCUACGCUGUCUCCGUCCACUCCGGAUCUUCGUACUCGUCCCACAUAUGAGAAUGGUGGUAUAUGAGCUUGUCAGAGGAUUCAAGGAAAUUUUGUUGGUAUCUGUUCUGCUGAUAGUCCUCAUGUUUUUGUUUGCUACCUUUGGCGUACACCUUUUGGGCGGUCGUUUGGCCAGGUGUAAUGACCCAGCUAUCCUAUCGAGGGAGAAUUGUACUGGAAUCUUCCUGAAUCAGGUGUAUGUAACCAAAAUGAAAGUUAAAGUCGUCAAGAACCAGCAGCCUGGUUUCUACGUCCCUAGGACAUGGACAAAUCCCUACAAUUUUAACUUUGACAACAUUGGGAAUGCCAUGUUGGCCUUGUUUGAGGUGCUGUCACUGGAGGGCUGGCUGGAAGUCAGGGAUGUCAUCAUAGAGCGUGUUGGCACGGUCCAUGCAAUUUACGUCCAUGUGUUCGUAUUUAUUGGCUACAUGAUUGGUCUGACACUGUUUGUUGGUGUGGUCAUAGCAAAUUACAGUGAGAAUAAGGGGACAGCUCUACUCACUGUGGAUCAGAGGAGAUGGCUGGAUCUCAAGGGCAGGAUUAAGUUAGCUCAGCCGCUCCACAUCCCCCCUAAACCAGAUGCGGCUGGUCUCCGAGCUAAGAUGUAUGACAUCACACAAGACACCAUGUUCAAGCGAGCCACUGUCCUUCUGGUUCUUCUCAACUGCAGUCUCCUUGCAGUACCGUGGAAGGAGUCCAACAUGCCAACAACACAUGUCUUGGCCACUGUAUCAGCUGUUUUCACUAUGAUGUUUUUCUGUGAGGUGGUGAUGAAAAUGAUUGCCCUGUCACCGCGAGGCUACUGGACAAGUCGCAGAAACAGAUUUGAUAUGUUUGUCACCUUUCUUGGACUUGUAUGGAUCAUUCUCAACUUUACAAUAGGGAAUGACCAGACCCAUUCUUUUGGUUUUAUUGUGAUAGUUCUGCGAUUCUUCACCAUUACCGGCAAACAUGCCACACUGAAGAUGUUGAUGCAGACUGUGGUGAUGUCUGUGUUUAAGAGUUUCUUCAUCAUUAUGGGAAUGUUUAUUCUUAUGAUGUUCUAUGCUUAUGCUGGCGUUAUCCUAUUUGGUACAGUCAAACAUGGCCAUGACCUUGGGAGACAUGCCACAUUUGGAACCUCCUCCAAUGCCAUAGCUCUGCUGUUCAGGAUUGUCACUGGGGAAGACUGGAAUAAAAUUAUGCAUGACUGUAUGGUGAGUCCACCAUUCUGUACCCUGGCAGACCCUGGUGAGAAUUACUGGCAGACAGACUGUGGUAACUUUACAGCCUCUCUCCUCUAUUUUUGUUCCUUCUACAUCAUUAUCACCUACAUCGUACUCAACCUGUUGGUUGCUAUCAUCAUGGAGAAUUUCUCUCUGUUCUACUCCAAUGAGGAGGAUGCCCUGCUCAGCUACAGUGACAUCCGGCACUUUCAGAACACCUGGAACCUUGUCGACAUCAGUAGGAAGGGUGUUAUAUCUGUAAGGAAGGUGAGGCUGUUACUACGGUUACUAAGGGGUCGUCUAGAGGUCGACCUGGAGAAAGACCGUCUCCUGUUUAAACACAUGUGUUAUGAACUUGAAAGACAACAUGGAGGUGCUGAGGUCACAUUUCACGAUGUUUUAAACAUGCUGGCAUACCGGUCAGUGGACAUCAGUAAGAGCCUGCAGCUGGAGGAACUGCUAGCUAGACAGGAGCUUGAGUGCACUAUCGAGGAGGAGGUGGCCAAACAAACCAUUAGGAACUGGCUAGACAAGUGUCUCAAGAGGAUAAGGGCGAAAGAACAUUCCAAUAUUCUGACCAACCUCCGGGCAACCAAUGAGCCAUUGUUUACAGUCACUGAACAGCCGUCCAGUGCUGCGGAGAGCAGCGAAGAAAGUAAAGACGAGGGUCCAACUUUACCCCGAACCAGAAAAAAAGGGACAGUUGAGCUCCAGCCUCCCAACAUCCUAGUGCAGCCUCCACCCCUCUCUCCCCAGGGCUCCUUUGUCAGGAAAUACCUGAACCCCACCUUAGGUGAUGGACUCUCCCGCAGUGACAAGGAAAGGCCUGGACUCAAGAAACGAAGCAUCAGAAUCUCUUCAGGAGCCAAGACCCUUGGGGUGAAUCUUGGUCAGGUAACGGAAUCUGCUCCAGAAGAUGUGUCUCCCACAAAGGAAAAAGUCCUGGAAACUGUCCUGAUAGGGGAAAAUGUUUCCAACAAUGUGCAAUCCUGGUGGAAGGAUCAGUUAGGGGGAUUUCCAGUGCUAGAUAUAGACUGAUUGGAAAAUAUAUUUCAGUAGUUGUCUUUUAUAAAUUGGGAUACCCUCUCUUCAAAUAGGAAUUCUUCUGAAUUCUAAGAAUGAGAUGAUGAUUAGUCAUAAUACUUAUAAUGAAGGAAUGGCCAUUCUGUCUUUUGAUGAAAAACUUUACUUCCAUCUUUCACACACAGAGAAAUCUUUAGGUAAGAGAUGGGUAAAGUAAUGGCUAUGAACAUUUCACUAAGAGUAAUACUGUAUGUGCAUACUACUGUAUAGCCGGUUAAUUUUUCAGGUUAAUUUUUUUGCCAUUUCUUUUUAAAUGAAAAAAAAUUCUGUGAAUUCUAAUUUUUCGAUCAGGCUAUUGUAGGAAAUCUCAUUUUCGCGAAUUAGCAGAUUUAUUCCAGAUGUUUUACAGUAUAAACAGGAGUAUGGUUCAACGAUUUACGCUUAUAACUGUAAGCAUUGUGUAUAUAACCGUGAUAUUUUGGUUAUAAUAUGUUAUAAAUCAUCUGUCAUAUGCAGCAUGCGAUAUGUUCUGAAAAAUUAUGAUUGUGAUUGUAAAUAACUUUAGGUAAUUGGAGGUGGUCUAGUCGACUAAUGACGUUAUAACAUAACAAGUCUUAUCUGUUGUUCAUUUGGUAGAUAAUGCUACGUCAAUGCUCCACUAAAUAGCAGAAAUAUCAUCCCCAUGAAAAGAAUCGGCUAUACGGUAUAUUGUUCACAUUCAGACCAAAAAAAAAGAGAGGUUUAUUAACAUCAUCGAUGGAGUAUGUAGUGGAUUUGAAUGAAACAUAAAAUUGAAUUUGUGUCACUGUUUAUGAAUUUGUAAUGUAACAGUUACAAAGACAUCAGACAUAAAAAUUUGAAUAAUUUCUAAGAAAGAAUUUCUUCUUAGAAAUUAGAUUCAAAAUAUGUCGUCUAUUUAUAAGAAUAAAUAUUAAUCUAUUAAUUUAUUAAGUUUAGGUCUCAUGGAAACCUAAAUGAGUGUGAUAACUAUUCCCUGCUUACUUGAGUAUACUGAAGGAUUUGACCAGUUGAAAUAAGUUUUUAUGUGAAAUUAGAAUUAAUGAUUAUUUAAUUCAACAUUUUAAAAAAGUUUUGUACAAAAUAAUUCCAGGGUAACAUACACAGUUGUUAUCUCCCUCGAAUAGAUUUAGUGCAAAUUUAUUUGUACAUACAUUAUUUUAUUUUGAAUGUGCAAUAUAAGUUAAAUUGUUUACAAUUUGUGCAAUACAAGCUACAUGUGAAUGACAUGUGGUGUAUGUCAUUGGUUGUAUUUUGUUUAGGGUAAAUGACAUUUAUUAUGAGAUAAGUGCAGACCAGAACAUUGUUUGGGGUAAAUGACUUUUGACCUUUGUUAUGAGAUAAGUGAAGAUUAACAUUGUUAUAAGAUAAGUGAAGACCACAACAUUGUUUAGGGUAAAUGACCUUUCAACUUGUUAUAAGAUAAGCGAAGAUUAACUUUGUUAUGAGAUAAGUGAAGACCAGUACAUUGAAUGUAGAUAGAAACAAACCCAAACUUUGAAGUUGUAGUCAUUCAUUUAUCAUUAGGCAAUUAUCACUAGUAUCAAAAUUGUCCAGUCAUUUUUUUUAUAUAUACCAGGUACUUUCCUUCUGUGGGGAGUUAUGAAGUAUUUUUAUACUUGGUAAUGUUUUUAACUUUAUCUUUUGUAGGUUAUUAUUUACAUUUAUAGUUUUGUGUCUUAAGACUUAUUUACAUUAAUUGUAGUUUUGUCUUUUCAAAAGCCUCAAUACAAGCGAUUGUUUUACAUAUUAAUAAGCAAUUGAUACAGAACAAGAUGAGACAUGGCUGUUGAUUUACCUCAUCAUACUUUCUCCUUUUCAUUUUUUGUUUCCACACAUUUUGCUAAUUAUACACUUACUGUUGGUACACACUCCAAAACACUAGUAUAAUUCAAAUUAAACUAGUUUGCCUAAAAUUUGACAAUAGUUUAAAUAUUUCAAUUUGCACAGAGCAAGCAGAAAUACUAGUUUAAAUGUUGCUUCCUUAAUAUUUUGGUUUUAUACAAACCUAAUGAUAUUCUGUACUUUGACAACAAUGUCUACAAAAUAUCUGUGAUUAUUAUGUCAGACAUGUACAUCAGCCAAAACUUUGUUAUAUCAACCAUGUGUUCAAAUUAUAUAUAUAUACAUGAUGAUGGAAACUGAAUAAAAUAUAUGUUGAUUGUUA